AUGGAUGAGGAAUUGCUGUGUUUCGAAUUGCAGGAGGAUUUUAGCCAGGCAAAAGAUAACGGUGAAGCAAUGCGAGCAGCGAAACCAAAUCACAUAUACAUGGAUCACAUGGGUUUCGGUAUGGGUUGCUGUUGCUUACAAGUUACAUUUCAGGGCGGACCUGAUUUCUACAAUCUAAUUAAUGGUGGCCCGAAUGGUCAUGGUUUUUGUCUUAGUUCUGUUGAUGAUCAGUUUUGUUGGAUUCGGAUUCUUCUGCGUGCUGUUAAUAUCAGCGAGGCACGAUGGUUGUACGAUCAACUUACUCCCAUAACACCCGUAUUACUAGCACUUUCGGCUGCUACGCCAGUGUUUCGAUCCCGCCUUGCAGAUGUCGAUUCACGUUGGAGUAUCAUAUCGGCGGUGAAUAUUUAUAUUGACUAUUAUUGGAGCGUGGACGAUCGUACAGCUGAGGAGCGAGGUUUAGUGCCGUUGAAAAAUGAUAAAUUUGUGUUGGAAAAAAGCCGCUAUGAUACUACCGAUUGCUAUAUUAGUCCAUGUGCGACCGAAUACAAUGACAUUCCUUUACAGUACGAUGAGAAAAUCUAUCAGCAACUGAAAGAUGGCGGAAUUGAUGAACUUUUAUCACGACAUAUUGCACAUAUGUUCCUUCGUGAUCCUUUACAGGUGUUUCGUGAGCGUAUUGAGCAAGAUGACAGUAAAUCAUCGGAGCAUUUCGAGACAAUACAAAGUACCAAUUGGAUGAAUAUGCGUUUCAAGCCACCACCUCCGGAUCAUCCAGAAAUUGGCUGGCGUGUCGAAUUUCGUCCCACCGAAGUGCAGUUGACCGAUUUUGAAAAUGCUGCAUAUUGCUGUUUCGUUGUACUUUUGACAAGGUAA